AUGAGUCGAUGGAUAAUCACGCCAUGUGUCGUCCCACGAGGAACGGGCCGCGUGCCUCUGUCCAAGUUCUACGGGAAGUCCAUCACUGACGCCGAGUGGCGCUUUGGGGAGUCUGAGUCGUACCUGCGAGAGCUUGGGGCGUUGGAUGAGACGAGCUGGCUUGGAAAGCAGGUGAUCAUCCCCAACUACAUCCAGGGAGCUUCAAACUGCAUUGUCACUGCUUCGCACUACUCCAUUUGCUGCAUCAACGAGUGCGAGCCCAUCAUGGCCGAGAUCGAGGCGGCGGUGGUGCAACCCAUGGCCGACGUGGAGGAACUGCUGUCGCUCGUGGGGAACAUGACGGCGCUGACCACCCUGGAGGAUGAGGUCGAUGUGCAGUUGGAUCAAUUUAUGGUGGACCAGCUCCGCGGCAUUGCCAAGGAGCAUGGUGGUAAGGUCCCGAUCCACGGCCGGCUCUUUGCUCAAUGGUUGCACUAUGUCUUCCCAAGGGACUGCGCCUUCCCCCACAAGUCGGGCUCCGCACAGUCCUUGUCCCCCACCCAAUUUGGGGAUGGAUACCUGGCCUCCGAUGACGAGAUGGAAGCCCACGCGAAGGAUACCCGGGCAGAGAUCCCAUUGGCGACAAUGAAGAGAGAAGAGCUUCAAUGGAUGUCCCAAUGGAGCGAAGACGAGGAGCUUUUCGCAAGCUACGACCACCUGAGCCGCUCAAGCCCGGGCGGCUCCCGGACCUUCGUGGCGCUGGGCUUCGGGCUCUUCAUGGUGGCGGUGCUCAUCGGUGUGGUGAGCUUCAACCGCAGCAAGGCUGCCAAUGCUGCAGCUGCCGCCGGCCUGCAUCGACCUCGCCCGGAGACGGUGGCAGCGGCCGCUGCGGGGGAUCCGGUCGCGAAGUUCUGUAUGCAACACGCCGUGGACUACUCGGCUGAAAAUGCGCUCCGGGCUCUACCUGUGGAGCCGGGCAGCCUGGAGCUGGGCAGUGGUUGGGAUCCAUAUUACUAUGGACAGAUGGAAGAACAUGCUCAGACCUUGCUGGCAGAGAUGCGACGUCUGGGGAAAGUGCCGGUGUGA